AUGUCCGACGUCCCACCAACCGAGUCCAUUCCCAAACCAGAGGAACCUAAAGAACCACAACAGUCUCCUCAGCAACCUCAGUUCCAGCAAGUCCCUCCACCAAAUUACUACCAAUUUCCACCUCAAGGUUACUACCAAUUUCCACUACAAGGCUUCCCGAACUACCCUCCUCAGCCUAUGCCUUACUUCCCCAACCCUUGGAU